GUCACGUGUGACUUUCUGAUCCAAUCAACAGAGACUUUCCUUACACAGAUUUGUAAGAUGGCGACCGCCGAACCGGAAAGCAACCCAAGUCCAACCCAGACUGAUGAGGACGGAGCUGAGGAGUGUGGACAGGAGAUUGUAAGCCCUGAGGCCUACAUCAAACAUCCCCUCCAGAACAAAUGGUCCCUGUGGUUCUUCAAGAAUGACAAGAGCAAAACAUGGCAGGCCAACCUGCAAAUCAUCUCUAAAUUUGACACUGUUGAAGAUUUCUGGGCUCUCUACAACCACAUCCAGUUAUCAAGCAACCUCAUGUCAGGCUGUGAUUACUCCCUAUUUAAGGACGGCAUUGAACCCAUGUGGGAGGAUGAGAGGAACAAGCGUGGCGGCCGCUGGCUGCUCACACUCAACAAGCAGCAGAGAAGAUUAGACCUGGACCGUUUCUGGCUGGAAACUCUCCUGUGCUUAGUAGGAGAGGCCUUUGACAGCUACAGUGAUGACAUCUGUGGAGCUGUGGUCAACAUCCGCACAAAAGGAGACAAAAUUGCUGUCUGGACAUCAGAUUUUGAGAAUCGGGAAGCUGUGACACACAUAGGGCGAGUUUACAAAGAACGCUUGGGGCUUCCCAUUAAGAUGACUAUUGGCUACCAAUCUCACACGGACACGGCUACCAAGAGCGGUUCAACCACCAAGAACAAAUUUGUUGUUUGAGAAAUACCCUAAGUGCCUCUUUCAUUUUCUUGUCUUAUUUGUUGUUGGUGCAUAUGUUUACUUUCCUGCGAAGACUCUGCGCAACGCAAUCUUGAGAAAAAAAACCCAACCCCAGACUAUACGUGCCAAAUGUUUCCAUAACCUGCCCAGGACCUAAAGUACAGGAAAAACCCCAUGGAUAACAGAUGAAUGUGAACAAAACACUAGCAAUGAGAGGUAUUAAUAGUGAAGAGAUUUAGAGUGUGCAAUACUCUACUACAGAAAUUUGUAUUGAUUUUUAUUUUAAUUCAGGGAAACCUGAAAAGCGAGAAAAGCAAUGUACAUUUCUCUACUGUGUUCAACAGCAUUAUUGGUUUUCUGUAAUCUUUAAUAACAUGAAACACUUUUAAUUUAUUUUUAAUUUUUCCUGCAAAUGAUUAGAUUGUUAGACUUUUGUUUUAUGCCUUUUUUUUGCCUUGAACUGUUGCACGUAAUCAACCUUUUUAAAGUAUUUCAUGACAUAUUCAUUUGAGUGUUAAUAUAAUUAAAAACAUUGGUUUUGCAAUUAUAA